CCAAUAUUUGUUCGAAUGUAGGACAUAUUUACAGUGGAUUACCAAUUUACUUAACGAAUGAGGGUUAUCCGGGGGUAACUACUGGAUCCAGAAGCUGUUCGUGCUCUUUAGAAGUUUCUCCGUGCUCUGAAGACGUGAAUCUGUAUAUAAUAGAUGCAGAUUUAUAUCUCGACUCUACUCAUUGUGAGCAAAGUCUGGAUUUUGUAAACGGGACCAAUACAUCUUUAUACAAUAUACAAUGUGGCAACUAUUACACCAAUAGUAUAAGUGUUGUUAACAUUAAUUCACGCUACGUUAAGAUUUUUUUCAACAACACCUCAACACAAAAUCAAGAGGGGCUUUUCUUUAUUGGAUUGGAAGCAUUCGAUCAAAACGCUAAUAUUACUCUUACAUGUCAAGAUAUACCGCAAACAGAUAUGUGCACCGACUGUGGAAAUCUUAAUGUCGUCAACGGUAAUUUCAGUGCUCCAUCAGGGACAGGAUUCGGACAAACAGCUACUCAGUCAUGUAACACCGGUUACAAUAUUUCUGGUGAAGAGACGAUCACUUGUACAGUGACAGGAAAUUGGAGUAGUGCUGCUGCUGUUUGUAAAAUUGUCGACUGUGGAAAUCUAACUGUUGUCAACGGAAAUUUUAAUGCCCCAUCAGGAACAGCAUUCGGACAAACAGCAACACAAUCAUGUAACACCGGUUACAAUAUUUCUGGUGAAGAGACGAUCACUUGUACAGAAUCUGGAGAUUGGAGCGGUGCUGUUGCUAUAUGUACCAUUGUCGACUGUGGAAAUCUAACUGUUGACAAUGGCAAUUUUAAUGCUCCGUCAGGAACGACAUUUGGACAAACAGCCACACAAUCAUGUAACACCGGUUACAAUAUUUCUGGUGAACAAACGAUCACUUGUACAGAAUCGGGAGAUUGGAGCUCUGCUGUGGCUGUUUGCACACUUGUCGACUGCGGAGAUGUGACUGUCGUCAACGGACAUUUCAAUGCUCCAUCAGGAACGAGGUACGGUCAAACAGCCACACAGUCAUGUAAUAUCGGUUAUACUUUAUCUGGAGAGGAAACAGUCACUUGUACAGAAUCGGGAAAUUGGAGUGCCACUGCCGCUGUGUGCACCAUAGUUGACUGUGGAGAUCUUACUGUCGACAACGGAAAUUUCAGUGCUCCAUCAGGAACGACGUACGGUCAAAAUGGCACACAAUCAUGUAACACCGGUUACACUUUAUCUGGAGAAGAAACAGUCACAUGUUCAGAAUCGGGCAAAUGGAGUGCCUCUGCCGCUGUGUGCACCACAGUUGAUUGUGGGGAUCUAACUGUUGCCAAGGGAGAUUUCAACGCACCGUCAGGAACGACGUAUGGAGAAACAGCCACACAGUCAUGUAAUACCGGUUACACUUUAUCUGGAGAAGAGACGGUCACAUGUACAGAAGCGGGAACUUGGAGUGCCUCUGCCGUUGUGUGCACCAUAGUUGACUGUGGAGAUGUGACUGUCAACAACGGAAAUUUCAUUGCACCAUCAGGAACGACGUAUGGAGAAACAGCCACACAGUCAUGUAACACCGGUUACACGUUAUCUGGAGAUGAGACUGUCACAUGUACAGAAUCCGGAACCUGGAAUGCCUCUGCUGUUGUGUGCACACUCGUUGACUGUGGAGAUGUGACUGUCAACAACGGAAAUUUCAAUGCUCCAUCAGGAACGACGUACGGUCAAACUGGUACACAGUCAUGUAACACCGGUUACACGUUAUCUGGAGAAGAAACAGCCACAUGUACAGAAUCAGGAAAUUGGAGCGCCACCGCUGUUGUGUGCACUAUAGUUGACUGUGGAAAUUUAACUGUCGAAAAUGGGAAUUUCAAUGCUCCAUCAGGAACAACAUAUGGUGAAACAGCAACACAAUCAUGUAACAUCGGUUACACUUUAUCUGGAGAAGAGACAGUCACAUGUACAGCAUCCGGAAAUUGGAGUGCUUCCGCCGUUGUGUGCACUAUAAUUGAUUGUGGAGAUCUUAUUGUCGACAACGGAAAUUUCAGUGCUCCGUCAGGAACGACGUACGGUCAAACAGCUACACAGUCAUGUAACACCGGUUACGUUUCAUCUGGAGAAGAGACUGUCACAUGUACAGAAUCAGGAACUUGGAGCUCCGCUGCCGCUGUGUGCACCAUAAUUGACUGUGAAAAUCUAACUGUCGAGAACGGAAAUUUCAAUGCUCCAUCAGGAACGACGUUUGGAGAAACUGGCACACAGUCAUGUUAUACCGGUUAUACUUUAUCUGGAGAAGAAACGGUCACAUGUACAGAAUCCGGAAAUUGGAGCGCCGCCGCCGUUGUAUGCACUAUAGUUGACUGUGGAGAUCUUACUGUCGACAACGGAAAUUUCAGUGCUCCGUCAGGAACGACUUAUGGUCAAACAGCUACACAGUCAUGUAACACCGGUUACACUUUUUCUGGAGAAGAGACUGUCACAUGUACAGAAUCGGGAGCUUGGAGCUCCGUGGCCGCUGUGUGCACCAUAAUUGACUGUGGGGAUGUUACGGUUGAGAACGGAAAUUUCAAUGCUCCAUCUGGAACGACGUUCGGAGAAACUGGCACACAGUCAUGUAACACCGGUUACACUUUAUCUGGAGAAGAGACGGUCACAUGUACAAAAUCUGAAAAUUGGAGCGCCGCCGCCGCUGUGUGCACAAUAGUUGACUGUGGAGAUCUUAUUGUCGACAACGGAAAUUUCAGUGCUCCGUCAGGAACGACGUACGGUCAAACAGCUACACAGUCAUGUAACAUCGGUUACGUUUUUUCUGGAGAAGAGACGGUCACAUGUAAAGAAUCAGGAAAUUGGAGCUCUGCCGCCGCUGUGUGCACCAUAAUUGAUUGUGGAAAUGUGACAGUCGUUGACGGACAUUUUACAGCUCCAUCAGGAACAACAUUUGGUGAAACAGCCAAACAGUCAUGUAAUACCGGUUACAAUAUUUCCGGUGAAGAGAUCGUCACGUGUACAGAGACAGGAGAAUGGAACGCUACUGUCGUCACGUGUACAAUUGUUGAAUGUGGAAAUCUUACAAUUGUCAACGGCCAUUUCGAAGCUCUAUCUGGAACAACGUUUGGACAAAAAGCAACACAGUCUUGUGACACUGGUUAUAUUCUUUCCGGUGAAGAGACGAUGAAAUGUACAGAAUCUGGCGAAUGGAAUGAUAUAGCUGUAUGCAACAUUGUCGAUUGUGGAAAUCUUACAUACUUCGAGGGCAAUUUCAGUGCCCCGUCAGGAACAACAUUUGGACAGUCAGCAACAUUAAUAUGCAACACAACUAUCAGCGAAGAGACAGUGACGUGUCUAGAGUCUGGAGAUUGGAAUAUCACAGCUUUAUCAUGUCCUUUGAUUGAUUGUGGAUACGUUACAGUUAUAAACGGUCAGUUUGAAGCUCCAUCAGGAACAACUUAUGGACAAAUAGCCACGUUAGCAUGCGACACUGGCUUCACUCUUUCUGGUCAAGAGACAAUUAUUUGUACCGACUCGCAGAAAUGGAACGCCACUUCUUUGACAUGUACCCUUGUUGACUGUGGAAAUCUUACUGUCGUAGACGGAAGUUUUGAUGCCCCAUCAGGAACGACGUAUGGCCAAGAAGCCACCCAGACAUGUAAUAUUGGCUAUACUUUUUCCGGCGCAGAGACCGUUAAAUGUACAGAAACAGGAGAAUGGAACGCUUCUGCCGCAGUUUGCACCAUCGUUGACUGUGGAAAUCUUACUGUUAUUAAUGGAACGUUCAGUGCUGAGUCAGGGACAACAUUUGGUCGAACGGCAACUCAAGCAUGCAAUAUUGGUUUCACUUUUGCCGGCGAAGAGACGGUCACAUGUACAGAGUCAGGAGAAUGGGACGCAGCUGCCGCAGUUUGCACCUUAGUUGACUGUGGGAAUCUUACUGUCGUAAAUGGGCAGUUUACAGCGGUGUCUGGAACGACAUUUGGACAGACAGCCACACAGACAUGUGAUACUGGUUAUAUCUUUUCUGGCGAGGAGACGGUCACGUGUACAGAAUCGGGCAAAUGGAACGGAACCGCUGCAACAUGUACAAUUGUCGAUUGUGAAAAUCCUACACCGGCUUUUGGUUCUACAAAUGACACGGACUUUAAAUAUGGUACUGUGCUGGGAAUUACAUGCGCAACUGGAUAUGUCAUAACUGGAAGUUCAUCUAUUUCUUGCAUGGCUAAUGGAAACUGGAGUGAUAUUCCCUACUGUGUACCUUUUGAUUGUGGAAAUCUUACUGUCGUAAACGGUCAGUUUACUGCUUUGUCGGGGUCAACAUUUGGUCAAACAGCCAACCAGUCAUGUGACACCGGUUAUGUCAUUUCUGGUCAAGAUUUAGUCAUAUGUACAAUGACCGGAUGGAAUGCACCCGCUGUGACAUGUACUAUUGUCGACUGUUUAAUGCCCAGUGUCGCAAAUGGGACAAUCGCCGACACUCCAAAUGGCACAACAUUCAAUGAAACGGCUUUUAUAUCCUGCAUUGAUGGGUUUAACCUCAAUGGAAGCUCAUCUGUAACAUGUGAGGAUGACGGGAACUGGUCAACACUUCCAACAUGCGAUAUCAGAGACUGUGGGAAUCUUACUGUCGUAAAUGGGCAGUUUACAGCUAUGUCCGGAACGACAUUUGGACAGACAGCCACACAGACAUGUGAUACUGGUUAUAUCUUUUCUGGCGAGGAGACGGUCACGUGUACAGAAUCGGGCAAGUGGAACGGAACCGCUGCAACAUGUACAAUUGUUGAUUGUGGAAAUCUAACAGUCGUCAAUGGGCAGUUCUCAACUCCAUCAGGAACAACAUUUGGACAAACAGCUACACAGACUUGUAACACCGGUUAUACUAUUUCUGGCGAGCAGUUUAUAACGUGUACAGAGUCAGGAGUAUGGAACUCUACUGUUGCUGUUUGUACGAUUGUGGACUGUGGAAAUCUUACUGUCGUCAAUGGACAGUUUACAGCGGUGUCAGGAACGACAUUUGGACAGACAGCCAUACAGACAUGUAAUACAGGUUACACAUUUUCUGGCGAGGAUACGGUUAUGUGCACAAAGUCAGGAGAAUGGAACGCAACUGCUGCAGUUUGUACCAUUGUUGAUUGUGGAAAUCCUUCACCGGCUUUUGGUUCUACAAAUGACACAGACUUUAUAUAUGGUACUGUGCUGGGAAUUACAUGCGCCACUGGAUAUGUCAUAACCGGAAGUCCAUCUAUUUCUUGCACGGCUAAUGGAAGCUGGAGUGAUAAUGCCAAUUGCGUACCUUUUGAUUGUGGAAAUCUUACUAUUGUAAACGGCCAGUUUACUGCUUUGUCGGGGACAACAUUUGGUCAAACAGCCAACCAGUCAUGUGACGCUGGUUAUGUCAUUUCUGGUCAAGAUGUAGCCAUAUGUACAAUGACCGGGUGGAAUGCACCCGCUGUAGUAUGUACUGUUGUCGACUGUUUAAUGCCCACUGUUGCAAAUGGGACAAUCGCCGACACACCAAAUGGCACAACAUUCAAUGAAACGGCUAUUAUAUCCUGCAUUGAUGGGUUUAAACUCAAUGGAAGUUCAACUGUAACAUGUGAGGAUGACGGAAACUGGUCAACACUUCCAACAUGCGGUAUCAGAGAUUGUGGUCCAAUCACUGUUGAAAAUGGAAAUGCAACAACUUCACAUAUCGGUGCAACACUAGUUGGAGAUACGGCUGUGGUGUCGUGUAGUGUGGGAUACAUUGCUUCCAGGAUCUCAAUAUCGUGCCUUCCAUCUGGACAGUGGGAAAACGUGACAUGCAGGAUAAUAGAUUGCGGAAAUCCCCAAAUUAUUCUUCAUGGAUUUUUCUUACUUUUGACUGAUACGGUUACAACAUACGGUUCAUCAGCCAAAGUUGUUUGUGAUGAAGGAUAUGGAAGUAAAAAACAGAAUAUAUUAUGUCAAUCAAACGGGAUGUGGGAGACAGUAUCUUGUAUUAAAACAGAUGACCAAGGUGUCUCUACGACCAUUCUUGUCUCCGUCUUAGUGAGUGCAGUGAUCGCCGUCACAGCUGCCGUUGGUUUGGUAGCUUUAUGGAACGUAAUUCCUAAGAAUCAAGUACCAAAGCCAACUUUUGAGAAAUCUGUUGAAUCAGGGGUAUCGCUGGUUUGGAACAGUAAAAUUAAUGCAAUGAAAGAGGAAAACACUUAUGAUUUGAACUUCGAUGGAUAUCAUUACAAUGGAAAACUUUGAAUACAUGCUUUAAUGCAGAAUUCGGAAGAAAAUCAACACGACGUUUAUCUUCACACUGCCGCCAUGUGGACACACGGUUGCUUCCCGUUAUGAUUAAAAUCAGCAUGGUACCUGAAAGAAAAAAAUAUGUUUUAAAAGCUUAUGCAUGAUUAAAUGAGAGAACAUAUAUACGUUCUCAUAUAUGAACGUUAUUAUAUAGAUUGCGGACAUCAGACAUUAUUUUCAACUAUUUACGAAUUCUAAUAUUUUUUUUUUGUUAAAGUUCAUAAAAUUUUUUUCUUUUACCAAAUAAAUAUGUAACAUUAUGCUUAAAGUGAAUUAUGUUUUCGUUCAUAUGUAUGUAACAAUUUUUUUACAAUGAUCGGUAUUUUAUUUGAUAACAGAUUAUAGCACGAGGAAAGAGUGCUGUUACAUUUUUUCUUACCUCGUAAAACUUGCACUUUAAGACAUUAAAAAUCUUAUAUCUAUUAUUUUUUUAUGUACACUUUCUACUUUGAAACGUGCUUGUGUUUUUUUGUUUGUUUUUGUUUUUGUUUAUUUUUUCAUAAAUGAAAACAUAUUUAUAA